AUAAAAGGUCUGCAGAGGCUCUUGGAUCACUGCGACAGAUCCAUCCUCUGCAAAGCCUCCUUGGACAUAAGGUUCCUCAAGACCUCAACCAUGUCUGUGAGCACCCAGCCCAAGAACACCUCUGCUGAGACUCGGCAGUUCCCUGGCAACUGCACAUUGGAGCAGGCCCUGAAGACCAUCGUGGAUGUCUAUCACCGCUACAGCAUCCGGGAGGGCGAGCUCGACCUCCUCAACUUCAAUGACUUCAAGACACUGUUAACGGAGCAGGCACCGACCUUCCUGCAAGCCUGUAACAGGAACCAACCUGGCUACCUGAAUAAGGUCUUCCAAGAGACUGAUUUAAAUAAGGACAAGGACCUGAGCUUCGAGGAGUUCACCAUCGUCUUGGGCAAGAUAACCGAUGAUGCCCAUCGCAUCAUCCACAAGGAUGACCGCUGCACACCAGACAAGGAUUGAGCCUCAGGAAGACUCAGAGGGGGUGGCUGUAGGAGAUGGGCUCUACUGCUUUCUGUCUGCUUGGAUCACUUGUGCUUGUGAGACAAUAAAGUAUCACUUGGUGUUCAUUGAGA